UUCAACAAAAGUUUAGAUCACUAACUAUUAAUGAAAUUGAUGUGUGUCAAAUGUGCAAUGAUAUAAAAAAUAUAAUCGAGAUGAACAAUAAUGAACCAUCCGGUAAAGCUAGUCUUUAUUUAUCAUCUCAAUUAAUGUACGGUGUUACAAAAAUACUUUUAUGUCAAACUUCUUAUUUAGAAAAAAGUAUUAUUGAACUUGAUAAUAUGUUUGACAAGAUUAUUGAGACUGACAAGAGAGAUGAAGAAAGAAAUAAAAAAUAUACUGAUUCUUUAAAUGUAGCUUCAACAAGUAGUGAACAAUUGCAUGAAGCUUUUAAAUUAUUACCUUAUGAACCUAACAUUGAUACUAAACUUAGAAAUAUGAUGCAUGAUGCUGACUGUUUAGAAUUUGGUGCUUUAACGGAAGAAGAACUUCGCUUUUUUAAUGAACCUGAUGCAGAUUUCUCAGCAGAAAUGUUUGAAAGAAUGCACAUUACAAAUGAUGCAUCUCUGUACAAUGCAAAUACUUUAACAGAUUCAGAAGAAUUUUAUGUACCAUAUGAUAGAGCUGAAAAAGAAAUGAUAAUAUCUCUUGUACGUGAUGAUUUAACCUUGAGAAAUGAGGAACAUCGUACAGCAUUUGCAAAAACAACAUUACCAGAAGUAACUGUGGAAGAACUUAUGCCAGAUGAGAGUACUUAUUUAACACCUCGAAAAAGACAGUCUGCUGAAGUAACACAUACAGAAACACCAACCAAAAGAAGACGUUUAAGGUUCGAAGAUGUAGCAGUUCCAAAUAAGGAUGAAAUCGCAACAAUACCAGAAACCGAAGUAGUUCCUAUUCCUAUUCCUACUGCAGAUUAUUCUAUAGAACCAUUACAGGACUUGGAAUCAAUACAUGAAGAUCCACAAAAAAUAAAAAUAAAAUUAAAAAGAAAAAGAAUAUUAGCUGAUAAAAAUACAAAACUCAGUCAUAAAGUAAUACGAAAGUGGAUCAGUAAUGUCAAUGGUCAUACUGUUGUAAGUUCAUUCAGAUUUUGUACAAGAAUGAAUUUAUAUUAUAUAAAAGAAUUAAGGCAAACAAAAAUCAUGCUUUGUUAUUUUCUAGCCAUUAAAUAUGAAUAAUGUGAAUAUAUCAACAUCAGAAAUUCUUUUUCAAGCAGCACCAGCAAGAUUUGUUUCUAUUCGCAAAAACAAAUGGAACAGUCCCUUAAUUAAACUUUUCAGCAUGCACGUAAAUUUACAUGCAUCUAUGAAAAAGAAGACGCAAAUGGAAUUUCAAUUGCUAGAAAAAUCGACUGAAAUUGUACGUUUGGGAGAAAAAAGUAAUAAGACUGAUGAACUGCUUGCUGAAUUAUCUGUGAUAAAGUCUACCGAUGCAAGUGCAAAGUCUAUAAAAGAAACUAGUGUUCAUAAAACCAUGAGUUCACAUCAGGAAUUAGUAAUCUCAAAUAAUGAACAACAAAUAGAUUUACAAAACAUAGAACAAGGCUUUGGGCUAUUAAAUAUUGCACGAAAUGGAACUGAUCCUGACUUGACAAUCCAUGA